CCUGGGCCACUCGUUCUAACACCAGAGUGCCAAAUCAGUCCAUCACCCACGCCUCUCUCACCAUCCAGAAGCCCCCCACUGGUGCUUGGCCAACUCUCCGCUACUUUUCGAAGAUCAAUCCUGUGCUCAGCACGUACCCACCUCUGUCCCUCGAUUGCAACGUCUCUACUCCAGGACCUCAAGGACUCCCAGGACCGCUGUGUCCCCUGUUAAUUUCUCUGUAUGUGUAGAUAAGCUUAGAACCAGCUUGUGAAUUGGUGGUGUCGUGCGCGACUGUUGUUGCAAUUCAACUUCAAUCCGUCGACAUUGUGCCAUAGGUCGCAGAUACACACGAUUACUCCGUUGCGGACCAAGUUUUCGGAGAACUCUCUAGGUAGUAGCUAUGGUGGCCACGGCUGGGAGCGCCGUCAGUAUGAUGAGUACGAAAGAUAUCGCACUUCCGGCACUGGCAGGCACCAGCUCCCAAGCUCAUUUGUCUCAGACCACUCCAUCUUCUCUUUUGGUAACAGCUGCGGUCGGGAACUUGAGGCCUAGUCUGCGUCUGGCGACUAAGAGGGUGAUCAGAAAUCCAGCAAAUUCAAAGCACGUGAGGUCCAUCACGCAUACUCUUGCUUCUUCUUCACAAGAUACACAAAAGACUGUCGACAUUGACUUACCUGAAAUAUCGUUGAAGUCGGAUGCCGGGGACAACUUCUACUUGCAACGAGCCUUGCUCACCGCAACCGCCAGCUUUGCACCCUUGCUCCUAAGUGCCCAAGAUGCAUACGCAGCUGGUGGGGAAUACGGCAUUCUGGAGGGCAGGACCCUUGCACUUAUUCACCCUGUAGUGAUGCUUGCGUUUUUUGUGGCCACUGGGUGGGCAGGAUACUUGGGUUGGCAAUGGCGCCGCGUGCGGACCAUUCAGGACGAGAUCAAUGAAUUAAAGAAGCAGGUGCCGGCCGCUGUCGAGGGUGCACCCCCAUCGCCAGUUGAAGGCCAAAUUAAGGAACUCACUGAGACAAGGAAAGCGCUUGUGAAGGGAGGCUUUAGAGAACGUCACUUCAACUGGGGUUCCAUUCUGCUUGGCGGAGGUGUCUUGUUUUCUGUUAGUGGAGCUCUGAACACCUACUUGAGAACGGGGAAGCUCUUCCCAGGGCCUCAUCUCUACGCCGGCGCGGGAAUCACCGUACUCUGGGCACUUGCUGCAGCCCUCGUUCCACCCAUGCAGAAAGGGAAUGAGACCGCACGAAGCCUUCACAUCGCUCUCAACACCGUUAACCUCUUGCUCUUCGCGUGGCAGAUCCCAACUGGCUGGGAGAUCGUCUUGAAGGUUUUGGAGUUCACAAAGUUUCCCUGAAACAUUCAUCAGAUUUAGUACAUACCGGAGGUCAUUUCACAUGCAUUCGUUUUCGUGCCUGGAAAAUUUUGCACAAAUUCUUCGGCAGUCACGUAAUGUUGAAGCUUCUAGUGGCUUGCCAGUAGUCAGGUUUACUUUGUAGCAUGCCUGUUGUUUUACUACUGUACAACUAUUCUUGAUUAAAUGUAUCUUGAGAAUUACAUUCAUUAUUCAGGUGAA